AUGGGUGGUGCUUUAAACACGACGUGUUUGCCAUCAAUAGACCCACAACAUCCAGGGCAAUUCCAUCUUCUUCGAAAUCCUGUUUCUAUUAUAUCCCAGUCUGUACUUGUAGAGAAUAAUGAAGAAAAUCGUGGAGACAAUUCAAUUGAUCAAACAACUGAUGAUGAAAUCAGUGAGCCUGCAUCAACUACCGAGCAUCAAUUUACAAUACCAAAUCCUACUAACGCCACUCGUAAAAGAAGACUCCGGGAAUUACAUUCACUUGUGGAUAAAGUGAGCUGCAUUAACAAUACUAUGAAUACAGCAAGUUUGCAAUCUACUACUGACCAUUUUGCUAAAAGUGUUGCAGGACAGUUGAAAGCUAUGCCUUUGCUUUUGGCGCUGGAAGCUCAAAAACAUAUUCAAAACUAUUUGUCCGAUAUGCGUAUACAACAAUUAAUGAACAGUAGUAGAACCCCUUCGCCAAUGAAUAAUAGUAGCCGUUUUACUCCAUCGCCUUCUUCAAGUACGUAUUACGUUGAGUCCCCAGAACCUUCACAAUCAUGUAUUGGACAGAAUCCUCAACGUAUUCCUGCAGAUACUCUGGACAGCGUUUCUACAGUAACACCUCCAUACAAUACAGUAAAUCCCCGAUCAAGAAGAGAAAAUUCUAUAACAUUUUAUUCCCAAGCUGGAGAUUUAUCACAAAGUAUCCUUGAACCUGAUAUUUUGUCACACGCAGACCGCAGUAGCUUCUAUUGUGGAGGUCGAGGAGCAGUAAUUUUAUUUAUUUAGUUUGUUUAACUGUGAGUUAAUUAUCGAUAAAUAACAUGUUUUGUUUGUUUAAUAAGCUGAGCUAAUUAUUAAAAUAUUAAUAAAUAAAUACUGAGUGUAAAUAUGUUUUUUCUUACCUUUAUAAAAUCUUUCAACGCAUGAAAUAUAGCUUCACACAUGUAAGGCAGCAUCAAACAUAUACUUGAUUUAGAAACUCUAAAAAAGUGAGAUAGACUGCGGAAACUAUUUCCAGUAGCGAGACAAUCUAAAACAAUAUGUAAUUUUAAUUUUGAUUCUA